AUAUAUCAGAGCUCAUCCCCACCCUCCAUUUCAGACACGUUCAGGGCUCCUGUACAGAUGAUGGCAAUAUAUUCUUGUAGUGGAACCAGGAAGAGUUCUGGGAUGACCGGAAAGGGAAGUACAAUCAGGAGUCCUCAGAGAAAAGGCAUACUGGGUACCGUCUGCCCGAAGAACACUAGAUUGUUGCCAUUUCUCACGUCAAUCCCAGGUGACGGACUGGCAAGCAGCUGCUCAGAUGUCUGUGCUGAGAACUGUAGGGCUGUCUGUGAGCCCUGCCAGAAGGAGAGCUAUGCUAAUUCCCAGAAUGCUGUGACAGCCCAGCACAAACAGGGUGGCUCAAAAGUGACAGAAUGUGUUCUCUCGCAGCUCUGUAGACAAGAAGCCUGAAGUCAACAUGUUUGCGGGACCAUGCUGCCUUCAGAAGCUCCAAGGGAGGGCUUGUUUCUCCCAGCUUCUGGGGUUUAUUGGCUUACGGCUCCAUCGCUCCCAUUCCUGCCUCUGUCUCCACACAGGCUCCUCCUUUUGUGUGUCGCCGUGUGCUCAACCCUUCUCCUUUCUCUCAGAAAGACUCCAGUCAACGGAGUUAAUCAAGGAUGAUUGCAUCUUGAGAGCCCUAACUAAUCACCACCCAUGAAGAAGACGCUACUUCUAAAUAAGGCGUGUUCUGAUGUUGAUGUUGGGGGGGCCACUAUUCCACCCAGUUCCAGGGGGGCCACUAUUCCACCCAGUUCGAGGGCUAUAAUGGUCGAGCAAUCUUGACCAGGGUACAGGGAUGCCAAAUAUUAGUGCCCAUAUUGUUCCCCUGUUGUGUUCAUAGCUUUAUAGACGGAGGAACCGGGAUCCAGACAAUAAAAGAGUCUUGCCCAGAACCAUAACAUAAGGGCAAUGCAGGAGAUGAGAAAAAGAAUGAGGAUGUACAGGUGGGGAAGAGUUACAGGGGAGAAGUGGGAUGGGGAAGGGUGGGGAUGCAUUGGCAGUUCCCUGUGGCACCGAGAAGGGCACCUUGGCAUUUGAAACCGCUAUCCACAUAAGAGCUACACGGAGGAGUAAGAAAAACGAUAGAUAACUAGUCAGCCCGAGAGACGACUCAGCCGUAAAUCCUUUGCCUCGAUGAGCCUGGGGACCUGAGUUCAAUCCCCAGGACCCAUGUAAAAAUGCCAGGCAUGGUGGUAUGACUCGGUUAUCUGAGAGCCGGCAAAGUUCACUGGCCAGCUAGCCUUAGCCUGCUUGGUGAGACUCUAGGCUGAGAGACUUUGUCUCGGACAGAAAGCAGACAGUGCUUGAGGCUGCGCUCUGAUCUCUACACAGGUAUAACAUGUACACGUACACACACACACACACACACACACACACACACACACACACACACACACACACGCCAACUAAAGAGAAAAUACAGGACCAUCAGAAGGAUGUAGUGUUGUUCUGGGGAUCAACCUGCAGAAUACGGCUCAUUUUUGGCCGGAGGAACCAAAGCUCCUCUCACUGGGCGAAAGCCUUCUCAGACUGGUCCCUGAAAGCAUUGUGCGUAGAUGCCUGCUGGUUGCCAUGGUGAAUGAUGCUGAUCUGAAGAAAUGAAUAAUGUGAGCGUUGGGGGCGACAGUGGGAUUACUCAGUGGUGAGAGAGAGACCGAGGAAGCCUAGUGCGGAGGAGGGAGAAGCGCAUCAUCUCGGACUUGGUCCAUUCUCUGAGGAAGAAGUCUAACCGCAUAUACUGCGAGCAUCAGAACCGGGAUGAACAUUGAGGUUGGGAACGUGUCUUACACAGGAGCCAUCAUCUCCUGGUCGUCCUCAGAGCCUUGCUUGGAGGACUAUUACCAUAUUAUGUACAGGCCCAACUGGAACAGUAUCUUCUCCGGCUAUCUGCGCUACAGCUUCCAUCACGAGGAGAAGGUGCCUCGAACCAUCACCUCUGUGGCGUUGAAACACCUCGCCCCUUCCACUCUCUACUUCCUCUGUAUCAGCUGCAAGAAGGCUGCCUUCCCAUACAGUCACUACUGUACCAUGUUCCACACCCUGGAUAAGAGUCCACUGGCUGCCGGGGGCUCCCUGGUGGACCCCCAAAUUUCCCUUUGGGUGCUGAUGGCCAUCCUGCUGGCCUGCUUCACUGCUGUGUUGGCCUUCAUCUGCCUCCAGUUCUGGUGCAUCCGCUGUCAUGAGCCUCGAUGGUCUUACAGAGCUGGCCACUUGGAGGAAGCCAAUGGGUUGGUAAGAUGGCCCGAGGAGGCCCCAGUCCUUGGUCAGAGGGAAGAAGACCUGCAGGGGCUCCCCCUGGUGGAACUGCCACGCAAGAACUCUGGGGCCAGAGAAGAAGCUGAACCAGAAGCAGAAGCCAACCAGGAUGCCUUGGAUGUGGUGGCCUUAGCUAGAGAAGGUGGUAACCAACCAGCCAUACUGCCUCACUAUAGAGCGUGAGCAAUGGGGAGGAGAUGGCCCAUUUCACAUAGCCUAAAAUGCUGUCUUUAGUGUGUCCUAUGUGAACAUUUGUCUACAGGCCACCCGCUUCUCUCCUUUCAAAUGACAGUGCUGUAUGGAUGAGUGGGGUUGGAUGGAUGCCAAAUGACAACGGUCCCCAAGCUGGAAAACACAGGCCCUCGAGGUAUGUCAAGGGCAAACAAGGCAUUGCAUUAGUGUUGUCCAUUUGGAGGCCUAGUCAAGAACUGCAGACCUGGUUUCAAUAUUAAAAUCACCGUGGCUGCAUCACAGAGAGUAAAAGUCGCUGGACCUGAGUCUGAGACACUAGAAAGAAAUGCGGAGUCAGAUGUGGACCCUGAGAAUCUUUGGAAAAGGAUGAAAGCCCCGUUCUAACUGUCAGGCAAUCGCACACCACACCCUGCACCCCCAGGUUCAUUUUUUUUUUAAGCCACAGACUGGCUUAUCUUUAACAGCUAACACCUUUUAUUUAAAUUGACCACAGAUUUAAAACACAGACCCUUAGAAGACAGCCUUGUAUUACCCCAUAAACAAAAAUCCAGGCCCCUCUUGUUAUAAAUAGAACAGAUGUAAGAAUACAUACAACAAAAUAAUAUUAAAUUUGAUGACGACUUCUGUCUGCCAAUGCCUCUGGGCUUAAGACCAUCUCUCUUGUGUCUGAGCAAAAGGGAGGCCAGCCAGUGCUGAAGUGACCAGCAUCAAUGCUAAUGUAAGUGGCUUUCCUUUACAGAACAGAAGGUUUGAAAGAGGAUUGGAAAGGGAAGCAUGUGUUUCAGUGUGUGGACCAUGUCUGUGAGCCACCUCAAAUGCUGUCUGCCAGCCCUCCCCACCCUCUUUUUGGUGGGUUUGGGAGUGGAAUCUCACUGCAUAGUCUUGGCUGACUGGAACUUGCCAUGUAGACCAGGCUGUCCUUGAACUCACAACAGUCCUACUGCCUCGGCCUCUCCAGCAUUCGAACAGUUGAGCGCUACCACACCUGGGUUACAAGCUUCUCUUUGAAGCUCUUUUUGUUUUGUUUGAGAAAAUGACCUUGAAAAGUCUGACUCCUCUGGAGAAGACACCUGUGCCCUCUAGCAUCCUCCUCAUACCUUGGAAGUACCCCAUCCAGAUCUUCUCUGGGUCAACCACACUUCUAAACCCGAAGCUCUCUUGACCUCACACACUGUAUUCCUGUAAGCUUUUCUCUGCUUACUUGGAAAAUGGGAUCAAAGGUGGCUGUUUUUGUUCUGUUGCCUCUUUUUUUGGUGGGAGACAUGUUUCACCCUUAUGGUGGCUUUCUUUAUUCCUCCCACAUGAGCCCGUAUCAUAAUUCAAUCUAUACCUAUUGUGACACUGGUGGGACUUGGUGAAAACUAUUCCUUACCACACAGGUGGACAUGGAAUUAUAGGUAGGUAUAGAUUAUGUCUCUUCACCCCGAUAUACACUAAUAGGCCAGACAUGGGUUACCCGUGGGGGUAAUUACUUAGAAUGAAGGUGUGUAUGUGAACAAAAGCCACAUAAGGAAGAGGAAAUCAUCUUCUCAGAGACAGCCCCAGCCAUCUACAAUGGCCUUCAAGCUCUGUCUGUACACCCCUUAUAUUCACAAAGUCCCAAAUCCCAGAAUCACCAAGCAAGAAAUGGGAGAAACUGGAAUGCCACAAGGAGAAGCCCCAUAUACCCAUUUACCCACCAAGCUCGGCACGCUACUCACCCCUCUCCUCAGCUCCCACCCGAUUCCCCAACCCCCAGAGCUUUGUUCACCCCAUCCCUGCUAGCUGUGAACCAAUAAAGAUGGAUGGAUUUGUCA